AUGAAGAUCGCAACCUCUGUCGCGUUCUUUUCUCUUCUGGCUGCUGCCCAAGCCACCGGUGCUUACUGGGGCACUGAGCAAUGCUACAGUAGCCCAGGCAGGUCUCCCAACAAGUGUAAUGAGUGGCAGAAGACCGGUUUCGACUGGACCGGCCUCUCUACUGGAUCGUUCGGGCACUAUGGCGGAUUUGACUUCUCCGGCUUUACUUGCAGCAGCAGCUUCAGUGGUGCAUCCCACAAAAAGCGCAACGAUAUGAGCCAGGGGAAAUGCAUUGAAGGAACGGCGUACAAGAGUGACAGCUCGCAGGCUCCGUCGUUUUCAUGCAGUGACGAGGAGGGUGGCUUCUCCAUUACCAACUUCCACAUGUCCACUUCGAAGACAACCGACGUGCAGAUCGUCUACGGCAUGCCUGAUGGCUCGCAGUGUCGUAACACUGCUUCCUGCUCGUCCGAAGGUACCAUGAUCACCAAUGAUCAGUGUGGCGGAGCCACCUCCGUCCACUUCAAACUGCCUGACGACAGUAAUGAUGAAAGCUGCGGUUUCGGUAUCUACAGCAUCGGCUUUGAUUGCACCCCCGGGACCACUACCACUGUUCCAUCUGUCCCUACUACAACCACUGUUCCCACUGUCCCUACUACAACCACUGUUCCCACUGUCCCUACUACCACAACUGUUCCCUCUAUCCCCACCACCACCCCUGUUGUUCCUCCCGAGCAGACUGGGUCCACGACCACUAGCACUCCAUUGAAGUUGACUACCUCGACUGUGUACGUCACUAGUGAGAUCACGAUCACCAAAUGCGCCUCAACCGUCACCGACUGCCCGGCUGAUUCUACAAGUGUGGUGACCUCAACCAUUGCCGUCUCUACUACCAUCUGCCCGGUCACUGAGACCACCUCGACCCCUGUUAGCCCGACUGGGGUUUCUCCUGCCAGCACACCUGCUGGUUCUUCUGUUGUGACUCCUACCUCGUCCUCGUCUGGCGGUGGGUACUCUGUCCCAUCUGUUGCAACGACCCCUGCUCCUUCUGGCGCUGGCGCUACUUCCACUCCUUCUGCCCCUGGAGAGCCCACAGUUACUGUCAUUACUUAUGAGACCACCACUGUCUGCCCCGUGACUUCCACAAUAACUUCUGGCUCGAGCACAUUCACCACGACCUCUAGUACUACUUCUACUAUCACGGUCACCGAAACGUCCACUGUCUGCACCAGAUGCGAGGGAAGCACGACUACUUCUGUCCCCGCUGGUGUUGCAACAACCCCUGCUCCUUCUGGAGUUGGCGCUACUUCCACUCCUUCUGCCCCUGGAGAGCCCACAGUUACUGUCAUUACUUAUGAGACCACCACUGUCUGCCCCGUGACUUCCACAAUAACUUCUGGCUCGAGCACAUUCACCACGACCUCUAGUACUACUUCUACUAUCACGGUCACCGAAACGUCCACUGUCUGCACCAGAUGCGAGGGAAGCACGACUACUUCUGUCCCCGCUGGUGUUGCAACAACCCCUGCUCCUUCUGGAGUUGGCGCUACUUCCACUCCUUCUGCCCCUGGAGAGCCCACAGUUACUGUCAUUACUUAUGAGACCACCACUGUCUGCCCCGUGACUUCCACAAUAACUUCUGGCUCGAGCACAUUCACCACGACCUCUAGUACUACUUCUACUAUCACGGUCACCGAAACGUCCACUGUCUGCACCAGAUGCGAGGGAAGCACGACUACUUCUGUCCCUGCCGGUGCUGGAAGCAUAUCUGCUCCCUCGGGAGUCGGUGCUACUUCCACUUCCACUCCUUCUGUCCCUGCAGAUACCACAACAACCGUGGUGACGUACGAGACCACAACUACGUGCCCAGUCACCGGCACUAUCACCUCGGGCACCAACACUAUCACCACGACUUCGAGCACGGUGUCUACCAUUACAUUGACCUCGACCUCGACAUAUUGCCCCAAGUGCGUUAGCACGACUGGCACUUCGCCGACCUCGGUCCCCUCGUCUCCUUGCCCGAACACCGUUCCGCAGUGUAUCAACACGUGGUUGUCGCUGGUUCCUAAGUGCGCAUCUAACAGCGAUGCUAAGUGCUUCUGCCCGAACAAGGAGUUCACCAAGAAGGUCAUUUCCUGCAUUGACGCAUGGGGUGCCUCUAAGGCGGAAAUCGAGUCGGCAAUGUCCUAUUUCACUGGUAUCUGUGCCUCGUGGAUCCCACAGAACCCGGCCAUUGUGACUGCUAUCCCCUCGACUGUCACUAUCGGUCCGACUGGCGCCUCUGCGGCCUCGGGCUCGGGUAUUACCUCUGUUGCCGUGAUCACUCCUGCCCCUGUUACCACGAUCACCUACUCGAGCUUUACCCUCACAGUCCCGCAGGUCAAGUUCACUACUUCUACAGUGGAGGGCAAUAGCCCGACCGUCGGCCUGAUCCCGGCUGAGACACCCAACGGCACCUCGCCUGUCAACACUGGGCUUCCUGCGUCGGUGCAUGCUUCCUCGACCCUGGUAGUCAGCAGUCGGCCCUCGACCGUCGCAACACCCACUCCUACUUCAGUCUACAGCUCUGCGUCGACGGUCUCAUUAUCCGCGAGUCUUCUGCUCACGUCGCUCGCCGCCCUGUUCGGCCUGAUGCUGUAA